UGGAAUGGAAAUGCCCAUGCCCAAGGAAGUCGGACUGUUUCAGAUGGUUAACACUCCAUCGAGUCAUCCCAACAUCCUGAAACUCUUCGACUGGUUUGAUAGACCUGCAUCAUAUGUAAUGGCAAUGGAGCGUCCAGACCCCUGCAAGGACCUGUUCACGUACUGCCAGGAACAGGGGGGUGUGCUGGAUGAGGACCAGGCGCGAAGUGUGACCGGGCAGCUGCUUGGGGCGCUACAGCACUGCCACAAUCACGGAGUGGUUCACCGUGAUGUGAAGCCCGAGAACAUCCUGAUCCAGACAGACACAAAGGAGAUCAAACUGAUCGACUUUGGGUGUGGGGACCCACUGAAGCACACCGCAUACACCAAUAUCUCUGGGACCCCUGAAUUCCUGCCAGUUGAAUGGUUUGAAAAAGAACAGUUUCUGGCGGGCCCUGGGACUGUGUGGUCAGUGGGUGUGACCCUGUAUAACAUCGUCUGCGGUAACGAUCCGUUCACUACGUACACCAGCAGGGAAAUGCGGCACGUGGAGUUCUGUGCAGGGCUGUCAUCAGGGAUCAAGGACUUCAUUCUGUGCUGUUUGAGGCCCCGGGCAAAAGACCGGCCCACCCUGGAGCAGCUACAGUGCCACCCCUGGCUCCAGCAGUCCAGCCGAGUAUAGCGUGUGGAUGCACCCCACAGUCAGCUGGGUGUGGCAGUGAGGCAAAGACAAGUGUUAUUUAAUUUUUCCCAUUGGAGAUAUAUUUUAAUCCCCAUCAACAUGUCCCAUCGUUGCAAUGUCCUCCCGUCAGUUCUGGAGGGUUUUACAAGUGCAGGAAAAUCUCGUAGGAAGACCUCGUAUGAUAUUCUGAUUUUCACUCAGUGUGAUAUGCUACAACAUGUCUAUGACUGAGGUGGUCUUAUACAAGCAGAAACAAGGGUUUAUGGUUGCAGUAGAGUCUGACAUGGUGAUUGGCUGGCAGCAUAGCUAUUCAGAGGAUGUCAUUUGGUUUCCAGCAUUGUGAUUGGCUUGCAGUGUAACAAUUUUUGGGAUGCCAUUUGUCGUCCGAUGUGAUUAGCUGACAGUAUAACCAUUUGAAUGAUGCCUCGUGUCCAGAAUGGUGAUUGGCUGACAGUGUAGCCAUUUUUAGGAUGCCAUUUGAGGUCAGAUAUGGUGAGUAGCUGGCAGGAUAUCCAUUUUGAGGUUGCCAUUUGAUGUCUGACAUGGUGAUUAGCUGGCAGGAUAACCAUUUUUAGAAUGUCAUUUUACGUUCGGCAUAGUGAAUAGCUGGCAGCAUAGCCAUUUGGAGGAUGUCAUUUGGUGUCUUGACUUGUGAUAGGCUGACAGUUUAGCCAUUUGUAGGAAGUCAUUUGAUGUCCGACAUGGUGAUUGACUGGCAGCAUAGCCAUUUGUAGGAAGUCAUUUGAUGUCCGACAUGGUGAUUGACUGGCAGCAUAGCCAUUUGUAGGAUGUCAUUUGAGGUCAAAUAUGCUGAUUAGCUGGGAGGAUAACCAUUUGGAGGUUGCCAUAUGAUGUCUUGACAUGGUGAUUAGCUGGAAGGAUAACUAUUUGGAGGCUUUGUGAUUUGCUGGCAGUGUCGCUAUUUGGAGGAUGCUAUUUGGGGUAAUGCUGGCACCAUGUGUUUUUGGAGAAUGCCAUUUGGAGUACAGCAUUGUGUCUUCCUGAAAGCCACUGGGAGGAAAGAAGACUGGAUGAAGAAAUAGGCGGCUGGACAGAAAACAUGGCUACUUGCAACAAGGACCAAAAAGAGUGCUACAGUUUACAGUAUGAAACAAUAUCACCAUGUACCCCCGGAGAAAUCCUGACCACGUUACAGGGAUAGUCUCCCCUUUUUUGGAAAUUUGCUUUUUGGCUAACUUACAUAGUUUGUUGAUACGAUCUUCCAAUUUCAUCCCUAUGGGUCCAGUAUAAAAAUAUUAGACUAUAUAUCUAGGGAUGCAAGGUAACUUGUCCUACCUCUAUUAAUGGCUGCAGAUGGAACCAAUGUUAGCUCUGCUAAGUGAAAUGAUACAAGCCUGAGUUGGGGUUGCCAGGUAGGUGUGCCUGGACUGUGUGACCUUUUGCUGCCACUGCAGCCAAUAGUAUUCCAUACCUGGCAACCCACACUUCCAAGUUGUGCUGCACACACACACUUUUCCAAGUUGCGCUGCACAGCUAGUAAUCACUGCACCCAGUGGAUGGAUGCAUGAUUAGUUGUCAUAGUUCUGAUUUUAGCUGCCUCUAAAAUACCGAGAUCUCUGUUUUUAUUUUUAGUCGUUAUGAACUCACAAGGUGCAAGAGUAAAUAACUCAGCUUUCGGUGAUGCUGGAAAGUGUAUUUCCAUCACUAAUUAGCAAAGCUAACAUUGCUUCUGCCUGCAGUCAUUCAUAGAGGCAGCACAGUUAGUAUGCAGCUUGUAGAUAUUGUCUAAUAUUUUUGUACUGGACAAACAGGGAUUAAAUUAGUACCGAUCUUAUCAACUAACCGGCAAAAUUGGCCGAUAUUCAAAUUUCCCAAAAAGUUGGGACUAUUCCUUUAAUGCCAACUGACCAAAGACGGGCAUUGACCCACGAUUGGCCGUAGCAUCACCUAGGGAAGGACCAUCCUAUGACCGCCCUAUUGAGCCUGCCUGUAGCUGGUUGCAAACACAGGACACAUCUGUCUAGUGCACACCCUCUAGUUGGACAUUACAGCGAUGGGAUGUGCUUAAAAUCAUGAUGGGGAUUUUUUAAAAUCAAUCAAUCAAUAAAUUUGAACGAUGUAAACAUUGACUGACCAUGUUAAUCAACACCCUGAGCCGACCAGAGGAGGAUGGGUUUCCCCCUUGAGCCUGGUUCCUUCCAAGGUUUCUUCCCAUCUGCCACAGAGAGCUUUUCCUUGCCACUGUUGCUUUAGGCUUGCUCCUGUGGGGGUUUAGGCCAGGGUUGUCUGUGAAGCAUAUUGUGACAAUUGCUGUGAAAUACGCUAUAUAAAUAAAAUUUGA